UAUCGUUAAAGAUUGGUAAGAAAUAAAAACAGUUUCUCUUACCCCAAAAUUAGGGAAAGAGAAACUAUUCGGGUCUAUGUGGUUUACGUGGUGAUUUCAGCCUCAGUGCAUGUGGAAAUUUCGGAGAAAAGUCAAGUUAAGUUUAAUAUUACACCGUUAUGAACCACUUAAUAAAAAAAACUAAAAUUUGCUUCGGAACUGAGUAAAAUCGUUUUAUAUUUAACAACAUGUAAAGUAUGUUUUCCUUACCCCACCUGACCUUAAUUAAUAAUCGUGAAGUAAUUAAAGUAAGUUUUAAGUCGGACCACCAAGUCAACUCCGCCAUGAUUUUGAUGGCAAAGAUUGUGCAAGUGUUAUUUAAAACGUCAAAUUCGAGUCAAACAUCUUUGAUAAUAAGAUGAAAAUUUUAACAUAAACAAAAAUUCACUUUUGCUCACCUGGCAACCCUAAUGAUACAAAUGGCGUCGGUUCACGACGUUCACGACGCAUUCGGCAACUUUGACUUUUGAUAAUAAACACACAAAGGCAAUUUGAUUUACGUAAAGGAAAAUGAACUCGUAACAUAAGUGUUAAUAUUGGUAUCUAGUGUAGUGAGAGUAAUUAUUACUAUAAUAUUUAGUGCGUACUUCUAUUUGUGAAAAAUGUCGCGUGAUCCUCGCGACCCUAGGAAAGGUUAUUACAACAGGGAAUGGGAUCGAGAUCGUGAUCCGCGGGAUCGAAACCGUGAUCGUGAAUAUCGGCAUCCAAUUCCGAAACGAAGCCGCAGCCCCCUGAGGGACGAGAAGCGGCGUAGCCGCUCCCCGAGGAUGAAACUCGACAAGGAUCUAGAUGAGAACAUUUUAAGUGAGAUCGCCAAGCUGCCUGAACCGAGUGAAUUGUGGGAGCAGAAUCAGUUCCCAGACCCAGGCUUUGCACCCCCGCCGCCGUCCUUCCAACAAUCAGAGUCAAACCCUUCAUUCAGCAACUACCCGCCACCUUCCUACUCGGGCAUCUACGAUGACUUCCCUCCUGUUGCUACGGUGCCUCCGACCCCGCACCCACCGGAGAUUGGCAACUGGAACCAACUGUCCCUGCCACCACCGCCUACUGCACCUCCACAAUUUAAUGUAGAAGAUCAGAUUAAGAAAGAAGCGGCGAUUGAGUCGGAAAUGCGCCACCAGAAGGCAGCACUAUCCAAGCAGCGCGAGGAAUACAUGAAAAAGGCGGGAAUUUUGAAAAAGGAACUCGAAACGCUUAAAGACCAGCGCAACGAACUCCGCGGCGACCCGAAGCGAUCGCCUUCGCCAGACACUAAACGGUUUUUAAAGGAGAAUACUAAACUACAGUUGGAGAUUCAGAACAAGCUGAAGACCAUCAACAAUGUGGUGGAUAUGUUGAACGGCAUCAUCGGAGAGGAAGCGGAGGCGGCCCUGGACUCCGGGGACUCCAGCCCCGACCUGAAGACUAAAAGGAAAUCCAGAUCGCCGUCGAACAAGAAAUUCAACUAUGUGUACUACGAUCCGGAGAUGCAUUGGUGUCGCGUGUGCAACGAGUUCCCGCCCACAGCUAAGGAUUAUCUGAACCAUCUGCACUCGCCAGCCCAUCAGAAAAUGGCGGCAGCACACAUGGAGGCCCCGUGGCACAGCGUGACGACGGCCAACGAGGGGUUCCCCAGCUUCUCCUCGGCGCCCACCAAGCGGACCCCUAUCAGAGGCUUACAAUUCUUUGUGCCGUCAACGGCGUGGUACUGCAAGCUGUGCGACCAGUUCAUCGGGGACCUGCACUGCGCUUCUGCUCAUCUCAAGUCUAUCGUGCACUCCAAAAACUAUACCAACUUCGUCGAGCAGAACCCCCACUGGGAGACCGACUGGAUGUCGGACCGUCAGAAGGCGUUCGAGAAGGCCCGCGGCUCCAAGGCGAAGGAGGACCCCGCCAAGGCCGCGCAGCAGGCAGCCGCCAGCAGAUACGCCGCGCACACCAUCACAUUCAACAAAGAUGGUUUCCACACAAAACGCAAGGACAGCCCGCAGCCGCCGGCCGAAAUCAAAGAAGAAAAACAGAAAAAGAAGAAGAAGGAAAAGAAAAGGAAGAGCAAAAAGAAGAAGGGCAAGAGCUCCAGCAGCAGCUCGUCCAGCUCCUCCAGCAGCUCGGAGAGCGAUACUGUGACUAAGAAGAAGAAAAAGAAGUGGAUGGCGAACGCCGAGGCGCGUCUGAACGAGAGCGACCGGCAGCUGCUGGACUCACUGAAGAGCCGCAUGGGCCGCGCUCGCGACGCGCCCGCGCGGGAGCCCCGCGACUCCAGGGACGGGGCCGCUUCGAGGAAGAGAGAGCUGGAGCGUCGUCCGUCCCGCUCGCGCUCGUCGCGCUCGCACGGGCGGGAGCGGGAGCGCGGCGAGUCCCACGGCCGCGAGCGCCGCUCCGGCUCGCGGGGGCGCAGCCCCGCCGGCGCCGCCAGGAAACCAGAGAUCAGGAAGAUGCCCUUUAUCGGUAAAAUGCCCGUGUACAAAAAUCUGACCAAAACUACUAAAACUGAAGAACAGAAGAAAGAAGAAGUAAAAAAGAAGGAAGAAGAAGAAGCUACAAAGAAGAGGCGAGACGAAAUGGACGCAGAAAUACAAAAGAAGGUGGCGGAGUUUAAGGAGAAGAUAGCCCGCGCGCAGAUCCAGCAGGAGAUCGGUCCGCCCGCCGUGGCGCUGCCCACCUCGCUCGGCGCGCCCGUCGCCUUCCUGCCCCCGCCGCCCGCCCCCGCCCCCGCCGCCGCCCCCGCGCCCGCCCCGCCGCCGCCACAGCCUGCUGCACUACUGCCUCACUACACAGCCCGGCAGGAGGCGCGCCCGUCGCCUUCCUGCCCCCGCCGCCCGCCCCCGCCCCCGCCGCCGCCCCCGCGCCCGCCCCGCCGCCACAGCCUGCUGCACUACUGCCGUGAGUCACUACACAGCCCGGCAGGAGGCGCGCCCGUCGCCUUCCUGCCCCCGCCGCCCGCCCCCGCCCCGCCGCCGCCCCCGCGCCCGCCCCGCCGCCGCCACAGCCUGCUGCACUACUGCCGAGGCGCGCCCGUCGCCUUCCUGCCCCCGCCGCCCGCCCCCGCCCCCGCCGCCCCCGCGCCCGCCCCGCCGCCGCCACAGCCUGCUGCACUACUGCCCCCGGCAGGAGGCGCGCCCGUCGCCUUCCUGCCCCCGCCGCCCGCCCCCGCCCCCGCCGCCGCCCCCGCGCCCGCCCCGCCGCCACAGCCUGCUGCACUACUGCCCCCGGCAGGAGGCGCGCCCGUCGCCUUCCUGCCCCCGCCGCCCGCCCCCGCCCCCGCCGCCCCCGCGCCCGCCCCGCCGCCGCCACAGCCUGCUGCACUACUGCCCCCGGCAGGAGGCGCGCCCGUCGCCUUCCUGCCCCCGCCGCCCGCCCCCGCCCCCGCCGCCGCCCCCGCGCCCGCCCCGCCGCCACAGCCUGCUGCACUACUGCCUCACUACACAGCCCGGCAGGAGGCGCGCCCGUCGCCUUCCUGCCCCCGCCGCCCGCCCCCGCCCCCGCCGCCGCCCCCGCGCCCGCCCCGCCGCCACAGCCUGCUGCACUACUGCCGUGAGUCACUACACAGCCCGGCAGGAGGCGCGCCCGUCGCCUUCCUGCCCCCGCCGCCCGCCCCCGCCCCCGCCGCCGCCCCCGCGCCCGCCCCGCCGCCGCCACAGCCUGCUGCACUACUGCCAACACCACCACCACCAACUCCAAGCAACCUCUCCAAAGACUUCCAGGACGCUCUGGACAUCAUCUUCCCCUCCGAAGUGAAGAAACAAGCUGACGCACUCCAAGCGCAACAAGAACUGUUCGCCGCCGCCAUGCCCUUCGGUCCGCUGGGCGGCGUCAUGCCCCCCUUCCCCCCACUAGGCCUCAUGCCCCCAGGCAUGAUGAUGGGCUUCGACAUGAACCCGCCCCCUUUAAACCCUAAUCUUUUUCCUCCUAGACCGCAAUUAUAUGACACACAUGUUCCUCUAGUACCCAGCCCGAAGCCGCGACAGCAGAACAAGAGACCGAUGAACAAGCAAAAUAAUAACAAACCAAAUAAUCAGAAUAAACCUCAGACUCCGACACAGCCCCAACAAAAUCAGCAGAGCCAGAAGCCAGCGGAGAAACAGAAAGAAGAAAAUGGGAGCGUGGCAAAAAAGAAAGAGGAAUUGGACGAUUUGGCUAUGUUAGGCAUCGAUGCCGGCGACGUCGCUGGAAUGUAGGCAACAAUUAAAAUUGUACAAAUAUACCUAAAGAUUGAUUUCUA